UUGUAUUUUAUCUGUGGUCGCAAUGGCGCGGGAAGUGAUCUUCUUGUUUUUGAUACAAAGUUUUGUUGUUAAGGUACUCACAACAUCAUACGCCCAGCCAACGUUACAACAAUAUCUACAUCUAACAGGGUUGCCACAUUCAGCACACACGAUCACCAUACCCGCCUCCCAAACAUUACCACCUAAUUUGGCAACACAGACAAGACCAUCUACUGGUUUACCAUCAUUCUCAGCUUUAGCUCUUCCUAACCUUGUAUCCAGUUUACAGCAGUUACCAUCGAUUCAAUCCCCACCUUUGAAUACAGCUGCCAGUUUACCAAGACUUCCGUCUCCUGUGCCCCAACUUCCACCAACAGGCCAGCCUAACCUGGUACCGAAACAGCCAACUAAAGUCGAUGUGAAACCGUCAAGUAUAGACUCUAGUGUGCUCAAUAAUUUAGCUAUAGCGUUACAAUUAUUAGUAGUCAGUAAUAUAUUGAAUUCUCCUCCACCUGAAUUAUCUAAGCCUAAAGUUAAGGAAACUGUUUCUUAUGCAGAGCAGGCUCAAAUUCCUUACUAUCCUCCGUCUAUGCCUAAUUCUAAAUUUGUUGGUACUUCAAGCUUUGCUGAGCCGAAUGUCAUAAGUGCUUAUGCUCCUACAAGAAAUAGUAUGGCAUUAAUGUCUCCGUAUGAAGCUUUGGAUCCAAGUUCGUCGUAUGCAGAGUCUGUUUUAUCUCCAUAUACUUCUAUAAGUUCGAGGCAAGAUUUUCAAUCACCUUAUUCAAUGAUGGGUGAUAAUGAUCUGUUUUCUGUGGGUGAUUUGUUUUGAUUGACUGUUAUUUUGUUUGUUGCUAUAAGUAAUGCCUUAAUGAGUGAUCUAAUUUUGUCAAAAUUAUAAUUUGUUUGUAAAUUACUUGUUUAGGUUUGUUGUGAGCUAAAUUGUUAUUUCAACUUGUCUGCAGAAUACUUCUUUCAGUACCUGUUUAUUACCUCUAUAAUCAUUCUCA